AUGAGCCGAAGAAGUCCAAAGCUUGAGCUGAAGUUGAAUCUUUCGCCGCCUACAUCAAGCCGGAGGAGGAUGGUUCGAUCUCCAAGCCACUCUGCGACCACUUCACCAACCUCCCCACAAAGCUCGUGCGUUUCUUCGGAGAUGAACCAGGACGAGUCGUCUUUGAGAUACUCGACAAGUCCAGAGACAACCUCGAUGGUUCUUGUCGGGUGUCCUCGUUGUCUCAUGUACGUUAUGCUCUCACAAGACGAUCCUAGAUGCCCUAAAUGCAAAAGCACCGUUCUUCUUGAUUUCAACCAUGAAAACGCCUCAAACGCCAACGUAAACGCUCCAGCCGCUACUUCCUCUGGUCGCAAGACUCGGAGGAACUGA